AUGAAUGUUGCAAAUGAGCUAAAGGGAUUAGGAGCUCCUGAGUUCAAAGGUGAAACUGAGGAAGAUCCUCAAAAAGUAAAAGCUAUUCUUGAAUGGGAGGUUCCCAAGAAUGUAUCUGAAGUUCGAAGCUUUAUGGGACUUGUGGGUUAUUAUCGAAGGUUUGUUAAGAACUUUUUGGUGAUCGCUUUACCUUUGACUAAGCUGAUGAGAAAAGGUGUAACAUUUAUGUGGACUCCUGAAUGUCAAGAAAGUUUUGACAUGUUAAAAACGAUUUUGACAGAAGCUCCAAUACUAGUUCAACCGGAGUCUGGUAAAAAUUAUGUGGUGUACAGUGAUGCAUCCCAUAAUGGCUUGAGAUGUGUAUUGAUGCAAGAAUGUAAAGUGGUGGCGUAUGCAUCGAGGUAG